GGGCAGUGCAGAUCGCCUGCAACUCGGGAGACGGAGACAAGCUGUGUUCAGAGCGGCAGGCACAGAGACCGAGUUUAUAGAGAGAGAGGGAGACGCAGAUACACACGCGGAGAGGGAGUGUUUAGACAGAGAGUGACUGCGUUUACAGAGAGAGACAGUUUAGAGAGAAGCUGUUCAGCAAGGCACCGAGGGACGGGCAGCGUCGGGAGGGGGUGUGCGGAGCAGGUGCGGAGGGACCGGCACCGGGACCACCUGGGCUGGGGGCGAUGAGGAGGUCGGGGCCGGGAGAGACCCUGAGCCGCCUGCUGCGGAGGAAGAGCUCGCCCUCGCUGUACGCGGUGGCCCCGGCGUCCGACCGGGAGCCGGAUGAACGGAAUGAGAUCACAGUGCUGACGUCCAUGGAAGGAGCGCCAAAUGCGACCGUGGACUCUGGAACCGCAAAAGUGAAGCAGAGACCGACUGUCAAGCUGGGCAUUCCUUUUCUUGACCGGCCAAAACUUGCAGUGCCAACUCCGAGUGUGCAAGAUCAGGCGUUGUUUUCGAAGAUUCCAAGGACAACUAUUAUUGCAGACAGUGACAGGAAGACCAGCGUUGACCAACCGAAGGUCAGAAGCUAUGGAAAUGGAAUUGCCAGCGCAGGGGAUGACUGGAUCCCUCCCCCUCCAUCGAUGGCUCCCCCUCCCCCUCCACCGAUGGCUCCCCCUCCCCCUCCACCGAUGGCUCCCCCACCACCCCCAGUACAAAGCCCACACUCUGCCAACCUGCCUUAUGAACUGUCCGUUCCGCCACCGCCGCCCAACAUGGCCCCACCACCUCCUCCAAACGCCACACUGCAGCAACACCCCAACCUACAGGAGGCCGGUCCUCCUCCCGAAACAAGCUACUUGUUACCCCAUGCAGUGAUUUCGCCACUACCUCCACUGACCGCUCCUCUGCCCCCUCCAGUGAUGGCUCCUCAAAAGCCCCUUCCAACAGCUGGCCAGUACCCCAAAGCACCUUCUCCUGUUCUUCUGCCCAGUGACUACGCUAAGGUGCACAGUGAGCCUUCAAAGCCCAGUCACAUUAAACACCCUAAAAAAACGCCUCCUCCUCCCCCGCAGAGGGAUAUAACCCAGCCUCCAAAACCUGAGAGCAGUCUACCACCUGUACCCAACUUCCUUGCCACCUCUUCACAGUUACCCACUUCAAACAACAGUUCCUUCUUGGCAGAACCACCUGAAGUGUCAAAGGUCACAUCCACCUUCAAUCCGAAGGCAACAGCAAAGCUCUAUGGAUCUUCCGAUCCAGUUAAAAAGUCCAAAACUUUGCCAGAAUCUGACCGCAAAAUUAAAACCAAAUCCAUGAUCGUUAUGCAAGAUGCAAAGCCCUAUCUAAUGGAGCCUGCUGUUGGAAUUAACCUGAAUGAUUCUGUGCACCAGAAGGCAGCGACAGAAGGAAUUGGUGAAUAUCCAAGCAUCAGUAAAAUACAGAUGGAUUCCAGUGCAUCCAGACCACAGAAACCGGCUCGCAAGAGCCAAGCACUGGUGCAGCCCAAAUCAGGACCAAACAUGCCCCUCAUGCAAUCCUACCUGCCUGUAGAUUACCCUGUCUCGGAUCCGACAGAAAACCACUGGAACAGUAAUACUGACGGUCCACAGGCCAGCUCAAACCAACUUCAGGAUUCAAACAACAAUCAAACUUUCACCAAUUUGCCCGUUUCUGGAAUAACAAAUGGGAAAUCUGGAUCAGAAGAGAAAGCUGAGUCCAGUCAGAUGAGUGACUUUGAGAGCCCGAGUUCCCCUGGAAAUGGUUUGUCCGAUUUCCCAUACGUCAAACCGAGUGCAGGGGGGGUCGGAACCGCAGAUGCUCCAGAUUCUUUACCAGAACAAACUCAACUGGCCGCUAAGCAGAAUCUCGAAGCGCGCUCACCGUUAGCUCUUCUAAUGGCUGCCAAGCAGCGGGACCUGAAGAACAGAACUGCUCCCAAAUCUGUCUCGGACACCCCGACCUUAUCAAUGGGAGGCACUCGGUUCAUUAAGUCAAGAAAUCCAAAUUCGUUCCAAAUCGUACCGAGAUCUAAUUACAGAGAGCCGUCCUCUCUGGGAGAGGAGGACAUUACAGCACAAAACAAGGAUGAAGACGAUGUCGUUCCUCCGAGAGGUGCAGAAAGGAAACUUGACUCAUCUGAGAUUUCUCUGCACAGGGCUGCUGAACUCGAGAACUCCCAAAAAGAUGAAGAUGUAUCUUUGCUCCUGCUUCCCCCUCCACCUCUCUUUGGUGACGAAGACGAUGAAGAACUCCCACUCCCAUUUCUGCCACCUCCUGUUGAGUUUUCCAACCAUGAUGACAAUGGAAAUGAUUCUUCGGAGGCAGAACGAGAAGGGAGCAGUGAAUCUAGAGCAGCUGAUUGGUCAGACAGUUCUGGCCUCUCUGUGCAGGGACCCACCUUUGGAAGUGGUGGCCAUUUGACAUCCAGUCACCGUAACAAUCCAACCAGUAUAAACUCCCACUUCAUUAACACACUGUCAAUAAAUAAUUCUGUCUCGAACUCCAAUGGGCAGAAGCCAUUGAUAGCACCAAAGCCCAACAGCACAGCCCUGAAUGCAGGCUCUGCCAAGCUUCAGAAUUCUAACCAUUUACUGGCUAAAGCACAUGACAGGAAUGUACCAAAGGUGACGCAGAAGGAAACAGAGACUGGACUAUCAACAAACAGUCUGUUAGCAAAGAGUAAUGUUAUCAGUGAAUUGCAGUCUAAGGUGCAAACUUUAAGCACCCAGUCAGAUAUGGGGUCUAAAAGCUUCCACAAUACAAGACUUUCACAAUUUCACGGGAAAACCUUCACUAUCCGACCUGGUACAAAACAACCAAUUACUAUGGUCAACCAUUCAACCACCAAGUGAGCACAUAACUGGUUUGCCCAGAAGGAUUUUUCCACUGGCUUUAUCUGGGUAUCAGCUUGUUAACUGGAGGAUCUUUGCAAUGACUUUAAUGUUCCUGAGGACAGCUUGAAAAUCCUGCUGAACUUUUUACAGAGAGAUGGAAUGCAAGCACUCAGAAGAGACCUUUAGCCACUGAUUGUAUUGAACUGAGGGUUUAUAUAAGGCCUAUGUUUUUGACAGGUACGUUUAUUGAAGUAUCUUUGUAUAUUUUAUUUUUGCUGUGUUGUAUAACACACACUUAAUCUGUAUAGUACUUUAGCAUGGUUCUGACCUCUAAUCUUUUAACGUAUUGAUUUAACCUUAUUCCCAUGUAAACACCACACAAGAAAAAAUCAGUUUUUGGCAUAUAAUCAAGUCUUCUUCAUUUUUUUGAACCACUGUAUAAAUGUUGUGUAAGUCUGUUUUAAACUAUAUAAGCAUGUAACCAACUACAAUGUCCUGUAAGAUAUUAAAUUAUUUAUUUUUAAUUAUGAUUUACUUCUCAGUAAUUAAGUGUUAGAUCGAAUGGUGUAUCUAUUUCCAAAGUUAAAGGCCUAGUGGAGUAAGUCUAAUGGUGCCAAUUGUUAUGAUUGCUGUUAGUUUGGCCUGUUCUAAAAUCCUCGUGUAAUUAAAUGUCAAAAUUGUUCACCUUAUAAUUUGAGUUUAAAAAAAUCAAAAUCGAUAUAUCUUUAGCAGUUGGGAGAGGGGUUAGCAGAAAGUGCCCUGUACCUAACCAGAACUUUGAUUUGUAAAUUACAAGAUCAAAUGGAAUAUUUUUACUAAAUGUUAUCUUUUGUAUAAAAAAAUCAAAAUAUAAUUGAAUGUAUAUUUAGGCAAGUUUGGUGUAUUAUAGCAUGAACCUCUUAACUUUAUUCUCCCCUUCUGUAAUACACAAUCUGUGAACAAUGAUUUGAACAAAAACAUCUUCCUUCACGGGAAGACCUACUGCUAGACUUCAAGGUCAAUCGACAGUUUUGUAAGUCAGACUGAUUAAACAUUUAAUCAGUGUGCAAAGCUCUCAACAUUUACAAACCCACACACUUUUGAUGAGAAUACAUUAGUAAUGUUUGCUGUUGAUUAAAAAUAUAACAUCUCAAACAUUGAUCAAGAAUUUUGAUGAUUUUUUUAAGUCAUAACUAUUUAAUUUCAUCAGCCACAAUGCCAUAUGUUUGCCUCAAUCGUUACUUUGCUUUUUGUACCAUGAGUAAAAUGUGAAUUAU